AUGGAGGGCAACCAAUCAUGGGUUGCAGAAUUCAUCCUACUGGGCUUUCAGCUCAGUGAAGACAUGGAAUUGCUCCUCUUUGCUAUCUUCAUCCUGUUAUAUGCCUUCAACCUGCUGGCAAAUGGCAUGAUCUUGGGACUCAUCUCGCUUGACCGCAGACUGCACACCCCCAUGUACUACUUCCUAUCUCAUCUGGCCAUCACUGACGUAGCCUAUGCUUCCAGCCAUUUGCCCAAUAUGUUGGAAAACCUAAUGGUUUCCUAUUUGGCCUUUGCUUCUGUAGAGUGCCUGACUUUGGUGGUGAUGUCCUAUGACAGGUUUGUGGCGAUCUGCCACCCACUGCAGUACACGGUCAUCAUGAACUGGAGGGUGUGCUCGUUCCUGGCCAUCGCUUGCUGGGCGUGUGGAUUUUCCCUGGCCAUAGUCCAAGUAAGUCUGUUUCUACGGCUGCCCUUCUGUGGGCCCCAGAAGGUAAACCACUUUUUCUGCGAAAUCCGAUCUGUCCUCAAAGUGACCUGUGGAGAAACCUGGAUCAAUGACAUUUUCCUCCUUGCAGAUGGUGUGUUUAUCUUAAUUGCUCCCAUUUCCCUGGUGCUGGUCUCCUACAUGCGAAUUCUCUGGGCCAUCCUGAAGAUCCAGUCAAAGGAGGGCCGCAAGAAAGCCUUCUCCACCUGCUCCUCCCACCUCUGUGUGGUUGGGUUCUACUUUGGCAUAGUCCUGAUGGUGUACAUGAUCCCUGAUGACAGUAAUCGAGAGGAGCCGCAGAAAAUCCUUUUCCUGUUUUACACCUUCUUCAACCCAUUACUGAACCCCCUCGUCUACAGUCUAAGGAAUGCUCAAGUGAAGGCUGCCUUCCACAGAGCACUGCAGAAAAGGACGACAGUGUGA